CAUUUCGUACAACAUCCAUAGAACGUCGCCAGAAUCGAAGACAUAUUUAAUCACCAUUCAAGAAAAACAACAACAAUAGGAAGGAGAAAUAAUGACGUCUUCCACAAUGACGAACGAAACGACGACGAUACAACGUAAUCCGCUUGUUUUGAAUGAGACGAUAAUACCGAGGUUGUGGAGCGACGAUCUCCACAGCAAAUUGUUUGCUUCCACCUACGCCUCCAGCAUCACCAAAAUCAUUUCUGUGGUGCCGCCUACUGUCAUCGAUGCUGGCAAUGCCACGAUACGAAGCCGACCGGUUGCCAGGAGAGCUACCUCAUGUCAAGCUACUGCCGGAACCACGAACAACAGCAUUAGCAGCACGCACCUUGGAUCCAAGCUUGCCGGAGACAUGUUGGUAGCUGCAACCGUUACCUUUGGUGUUUCCCCAUUUUUGACGGUAGUGGACAAAGCUAUUGUCGAAUCGACGGCCGGUACAAAUUCUAUUCUUCAAUCAUCUAUCAACUCUCUCCGCUCCAUGGCCCGAAAUCCCGUCGAGUACGUUCGAUCUCCUACCUUUUUGCUUAUGUGGGGGGUAUACAGUGCAACCUACACCACGGCCAAUGCCUUCAAGACGCUCGAAGAGCACGCAACUUAUAGCCGGGAUCGAUCUUCGUCUUCUAACACAACCCAAAAGAGUUCCGGAAUGUUCCAGAUGGGUGCGUUUUUGGGAACGACUGUCGUCAACAGCGGGGCGAGCAUGCUCAAGGACCGGGCCUAUGCACGCAUGUUUUCGGGGACCACUUCUUCGACCUCGUUUCCAAAGGCGUCCUACGCGUUGUGGGCAAUGCGAGAUUUGAGUGUCAUCAGUUCCUCCUUUUUGCUCCCCGACCUGGUAUCGGCCAAGCUCGUAGAGCACUCGAACGGUGAAAUCGACCGGGAGCGUGCCCUUUCGUUCUGUCAGAUCGGGCUCCCGGUUCUGGCCCAGUUUGUGGCCGGGCCCUUUCAAUACCUCGGGCUCGACGUGUACAACCGCAACCUGGGCCACAUGACGACACCACAAGCGAUCGUGGACCGAAGCAGGCAGCUCACCAGGGGAGUUGCACCGGUGAUCGCUGCCCGGGUGGCUCGCAUCAUUCCGGGCUACAGCAUCGGGGGGGUGGCCAAUACCAAGCUGAGAACCGCAUGGAGGAAGAAGCUCCUCGAAAGGGACGUGGCCGCCAUGAUGAAAUCGUCGGCCGCCAAUGGAAGGCAGAGCGGGGGCUCGAACGAAUAUGCGACGCGUAUGGUCGCCUUGCUCCACGGCAGCAACCAAGGGGAAACGAAGAAACGCAGCUAAAGCAAACAAUACCGGAAAAUUAAAGAUGUAUCCCGUGAAUGGAUCUCAAUAGAAUCGCUAGAUAAAU